AUGCCAGAUUCUCAACAACCUUUACCAUCGUCAACAGAUAAUAGUGUAGUAGUUAUUGCUGAAGGUCUUGAUGCACAUUUAUAUGAAAGUCGUUCAAAUAUUGGAGGUAUUUGGUAUUUUGAUGAAAAUGAAAAUGUUAGUGGUGUUUAUAAAACAGCUCAUGUUACAUCAUCAAAAACAUUUUUACAUGCAUCUGAUUUUCCAUUUCCGAAGACAAUUGGUGAAUUUCCUU